UCUUCUUUGGUAAGUUUAUUUUAAUCCUGAACUUUGAUUUCAUCAAGUUUGAUGUCAUGAUACUCUUAAUUUGAGGCAAUGACGUGACAUAAUUGCGAGUGUCAUAUUGUUAAGUUUUUAUAUUUGUCAAAUCCACGGAUUAUAAUAAAUCUAUUCAUUAAGUUCAAAUGCUAGAAUGGAUUAAAAAAAUUGUGAUCUAAUUGCUAAGUUAAUAGGCUAAAAGUUAUAUUAACUCAUUGGAUAAAUUAUAUCUAAAGUCACUAAAUUAUUAGUAUGUUUAUGUUUCAGUCACUUAACUUCAAAAAGUUACAAAUAGUUAUUGGACUAUUUAAAAGUUACAAAAUCACUGUUGUAUGGCUUUUUCAAUUCGUAUCGCUUACACAGAUCAAAAGCUCUCGUUCCCUUUCUCUUUUACAAUUUAGUUUUUUCAUGAAACACAUUUAAAUGUCACGAAUUUACAAACCAAAGUCUAAAUAACUUUCUUUUCAAAACUUCGACACUAACCGUUAGAUUGGCUUAAAUAUUAGAUAUGUUACUUUACGUAUUGAUAGGUACUAAUUCACCAUAUUAAUUGUCAAAUUAUCGUUUGGAGCUUACCAGUCAUAUUUAAGAAAGAAACCUUAAUAAUUUAAUAACUUAAAUAAACUUUUUUUUAAAUAAUUUAGUUCAGUGAUUUAAAUAAAAUUUUAAAAUAGUUUAGUGAUCAUUUUGUAACUUUUUGAAGUUAAAUGGUCAAAAUAUAAAUUUAUUAAUAAUUUCAUGACCUUAGUUGUACUUUACCCUAACCCUUUUUUGAAACCAACGUGACUGUUCAGUCUGUGCUUAAGUUCCUAAAGCUGCUAGAGAAUAGAGCGGGGUGCCAUAAACCCAGAAAAAAAGAGACAAAUCUCUUUCAAAAUCCCCAAAUUUCGCGGUUAAAACAUGGAAGCUGCCGCCGGCCAAGACAGGGGUUCGCCGCCGUCGAAGCCCUCUAAGUUCUCUGUCUACCAAAACCCCACGUUAUCCGCCGCUUUAACGGCGACAAGUUUAAAGCCCUCUAAAUCAACUUUUCUUUGUAUCCUUUCUCUCUCCUCUGCUUCUGCAUUUGCUCUCCUCUCCACAAUUUACAGUGGAAAUGGGUUCGCUGAUAAAUUUAAGUUCGGAAAUUUGUCCGAUGAAGUGGCUUAUAUAUUUGCCAAGGCAGUACAAGUUGCAUCAGGUGUAGUUUUUGUUGGAACAGUUUUUGCCUUAUUCAAAGCUAUCUCUUGGCAUCGAAGCAAGAGCACCAGUAGUUGUUUGUCACUUGUAUCUCCUUCUAAAGGAACUAAAAAUCAACCUAACCUAACAAAGCGUCAGCUGGGGCUUUUAGGAGUAAAAUCGAAGGUUGAGCAAGUUGCACCGGAUUCUUCUAAGAAACCUCCCAAGUCCAAACCCCUGGCAGCAUUAUCUUCUUCGGAUGUUCUUGUACCACUUCAUCCAUCAAUUAGUGGCUCAGAUCGUAAGUCUCUAGCUAGCUCUAAUAAAUCAAAUACCAGUGGUGGAAAUAAGAUGAGCCCUUUUGCUACACCAUCCAGAUCCCAGGGCUCCCCUUCUUCAUUAUAUCUUGUUCCGGCAUCCACUUCGUCAUUAUCUUCUCGUCAAACUUCACCGGGACAAGAGCCUCUAGUGAAAACCCCAUGGUCCACUAAGCGAUCCUCCUAUGCCAAAGAAAUUACAACAGAAGAGCAACUUGAACAGUUUCUUGCCGAAGUAGAUGAGAAAAUCACCGAAUCAGCAGGAAAACUAGCUACCCCACCACCAACCAUCAGUGGAUUUGGAAUAGCUAGUCCGAAUACUGUUGCAAGUUCAGCUAAUACAUCUGGAACUACAAGAAGUACACCACUGAGGCCUGUGAGGAUGUCUCCCGGUUCCCAAAAAUUUACCACUCCUCCGAAGAAAGGAGAAGGCGAGCUUCCACCUCCGAUGUCAAUGGAGGAGUAUGUUGAAGCUUUUGGGCAUUUGGGAAUCUAUCCUCAAAUUGAGCACUGGCGUGAUCGACUCAGACAAUGGUUUUCUUCGGUUCUACUAAACCCUCUACUGAACAAAAUUGAAACCAGUCACAUUCAGGUAAUGAAAGCGGCUGCUAAACUUAAUAUCUCUGUAACCAUUAAUCAAGUAGGAAAUGAUCCAUCAACCAAUGGAAAUCCGGCUGUUUUGUCUCCGCCUGAUAGGUCAAAGGAAUGGCAACCAUCAUUCACUCUUGAGGAAGAAGGGCUACUCCAUCAAUUACGUGCAACUCUUGUUCAAACUCUUGAGGCAUCCACGCCUAAGCCUAUAGCCAACCAACUACAAUUCCCUCAACAAAAUCCUUUUAUCCCCGUUAUGCAGGAGUGUAUUGAUGCCAUUACCGAACACCAAAAGCUUCAUGCAUUGAUGAAAGGUGAGUGGAUGAAGGGGUUGCUGCCACAAAACAGUGUCAGAGCUGAUUAUACAGUACGAAGAAUUCGAGAACUUGCUGAUGGAACCUGUUUGAAGAAUUACGAGUAUCAAGGAAAUGGGGAUGUUUACGAUAAAAAAAACAAGAAAUGGACUCACGAACUACCAACUGAUUCUCACUUACUCUUGUACCUGUUUUGCGCAUUUCUAGAGCAUCCAAAAUGGAUGUUACAUGUUGACCCGACUUCGUAUGCUGGAGCUCAAUCUAGUAAGAAUCCCUUGUUCUUCGGAACCUUGCCGAGAGACAGGAUUCCAGAGAAGUACAUUGCUAUUUUAUCUGGUGUUCCUUCGACCCUUCAUCCUGGAGCUUGCAUACUGGCAAUAGGGAAACAGAGUCUCCCCAUUUUCGCCUUAUACUGGGACAAGAAAUUGCAGUUCUCUCUUCAGGGGAGAACAGCACUGUGGGAUUCAAUAUUGUUAUUGUGCCACAGAAUAAAAGAUGGAUAUGGAGGCAUAGUUCGAGGAAUGCAUAUCGGCUCUUCAGCUUUGAAUUUGCUCUCAGUUCUUCAACCUGAAAAUGAAGACUAAGACUUUGUUAGCUUUUUUUGCAUUACUGUUGCAGUUUCAUGUUCUUCCUUCUUGCUAAACAUGAAUGUUUUAUGUUUUAGGAUAAAAUAUUUUAACUGGUAUCUGUUCACAUAAUUUCUAUUAUUUUACGUUAUAUUACCAGACAUGCCGAAGGUGAAAGUUAAAAUAAUACAACAAUCAUUCGAUUAUUUUUUAAA